UGUGUUUAAAAUAUAUUGUAGUACAAUUUGACGAAAUUUUAGAUCUUUUUACUCUUUAGUCUAUUAUAUAAUCUUCACAAAUCACUUGGACUCAAAUUUCCUUAGUGGAACAAAACUUCUUUAAAUUACGUUUUGGAUACAUUGAUAACACACUCCCUUAAUUUACUUUGGUGUAUAAGUGAAAUAAAUUUGUUGGAUAACCAUCUUCAUUUUCAGGUAAAUUAAAUAUAAUAAUUUUGUAUUUGCAGAAAGCUGAGCACUGUGUUCUGAAAUAAUACGCUGAGCGCGGAUUUAGCUGAGCACGGAUUACAGUAAUUAAUAUCGGGGUUCUACUAUUUAAAAGUUGUCCAAAAGAGGAGAAGGAGUUUCAAUAAGGGAACAAAACUAUGGACAUGGAGAAGACUCCUGGCAGUAUGUUCGAAGAACAUCAGAAAAACCACUCCAGUGCAAUUGAAAGAGGUGCAGAAAUCAAAUACUAUAAGCACCCAAAAGGUCUUCGUACAAAGACUUUUAUGAUUGUGGUUGUUAUUCCUAUUGCACUUAUUAUGUGCUUAUUUUUUGCUUCUUUAUAUUUCUUCCGGAUUGAUCGAAGGCAUAAAAUAGUGCGUUAUCGCGUUAAUUGCGCUGUGGAAAUCUAUGUUGAAAAUAAUGAAACUAUUUCGUACAUAAUGUAUUCAGACGACUUGGAUUCCGGUAUGAUAUUUAUAGCACCACAAAUCCUAAAAAAUAUGAAGGAGGAUUUUCCUCGUGGGUAUGACUUUCGUCAAGAAAUUGAGAUUAAUGUUAUGGAUAGCUCUCGAAUCCACACUGUCGCUAUUAAUAUUAGUAAUGUCAGGACUGACUUCACUACUCGGUUUAUGCAUAAUUUUAAAAAGAAUCUCACAGCAAUUGUGGACUACGAUCAUAAAAGGUGCUUCAUCAUGAAAAUUAACCACAAUGUUACCAUGAAUGCCUAUAAAUUAUGGAUAUCCAUACAGAGGAUGGAAUAUUUAUAUCCAAAAGUACAUGAAACACAAUUCCAAUUAAGAAAACUUGUUGUUUUACCAGCUGUUGCUGAUCUAUCCUUCGCUGACGAGGAAAUGGUAAAGGAUUGCCAUGAUAAGUAUGUCUAUGUACUAACUGACAUUCGUUCCGAUGAUAAGUUCCCGGUUAAUGAGUUGAUCACCAAAGACGCUCGCUUUUAUGAAUUUUUUGGACGAGGUAUUACCGAAUAUAGCCUUGUUAAUCUCGAUGAGAUGUUGUUGUAUGAAAAACAUUUGUAA